AUCAAACAUAAAACAUGAUUACUCAAUUUGAGAAUGAAGGUAGAGAAACAUUGGUAUGAUAUCCUCAAGUCAAUUUGCUAUGCUGCGUAAUUACGAGGUAUUUGCGAAAAUGCAGUUCAUCAUCAGUAUGCUUAACUAAUUGAGUUCUUUCCUGAAUGCGGUUAUUACAUAGUAAACAGAAAUAAUCCUUUUAGCUCAAGUGUACAGCAGCAUUUGCACGAUUCAACAUGACCAACAUAUCAAUUAUUGAAGACAAGUAGCCCAUGUAGAUGAAUCGCUGUUACUAUCGCAGUAAUAAUAAGCAUCAUUAAUGAUAUUAGCAACGUAUAUCAUUAACCAACCUUGCAAUGCUCUCCAUGAUUAACACUGAGAAUUAAGCAGUUUUGGAAACAGCUUAUGUGUGUCGACUGUUUCACAUAAACUAUAAGGCCUUAUUUUAGUCUUAAUUGAGGAAAAUUUCUCGUUCGGCGAUAUCGUCAAUUGAAAAAAUAAAAAAAAGAAAAAGAUGAGGGAAUCAUCCAAAGCGCUAAGUUCCAUUCACUCAAACAUGAUCAGUUAGAUUCCACAAAAGAAAUCCUUUCAACUAUUCGAUUUCAUAAUAUUCAUGAAAGCAAAAUAGCUUGGAUCCUUGAAGUUAUCGAGCAGAUGGAACAACUUCUUCCUUCAUACCUUCAAAACAUCCUUAGAGAAAGAUCCUUCUGAGUAAGAUGUUAUAUAAUAGCACAAUAUUUUGGUAAAUAGAAACUGUUUAAGAAAAAACAUUGAGGACCAAAAUACUUCCAUACCACAUUUUUCAACAGCCAAUACCCUUUCCAUUCUUUAGAGUGCUCCAUAUCCCCAUGCAAACGACUUAGAGGAGAAAAAGGAAAGAGGAAAACAAAAAAAGAUAAAGGCUUAUUUACCGUUAAAGACCGAAGAUUCAACCAUAGUACCUAUAUUCAACUUUUGAAAGUUUUUGAAGGAAGAAUUUCAUCAUAAGCAAAUUGAAAUUUGGUAUCGUCAGGAUAAUAAACUUCAUUUUUAAGGAUUUUGGGGCAUUUGGGUUUUUUUGGCUAUAGUAUCUACAAUGAAUUUUAGGAACAUCUUUAGGAGUCAACCUGCUAAUGAACGAUUAAGGAGAGAACGGACUUUGGUCUUUAAAAUAGACUGGUUUAUAUUGUCGUAUUGCUGUGUUUCCUACUUUAUCAACUAUCUUGAUCGUUCCUCCAUCAACAAUGCUUACUUGAGUGGUAUGAAAGAAGACUUGAAGAUGUACGGAAAUGAGCUGCAAGACAUUAACGUCGUUUUUACUUGCGGCUACAUUAUCGGUCAAAUACCUGGAUCGUACGCUAUGCAGAAAAUGCCGGCGAGAUAUUGGUUCGCGGUGAUGAACUCGAUCUGGGGAAUCAUGACCAUACUUUCGUUUACUGUCCAUUCAGUUUCCUCUAUGAUGGCAUUACGCUUUUUUAUGGCAGUUGCAGAGGCCUCCACAUUUGCAGGUACUCAUUACAUCUUGGGUGCUUGGUACAAAAGUAGUGAAAUUUACAAAAGGGCAGCCAUCUUCUCUAUAUCCGGUUUGAUCGGAAGUAUGUUUGCUGGGUAUCUACAGACGGCUGUUCAUUCAUCAUUGGACGGAGUGUGCGGUAUGGCAGGAUGGCGUUGGCUAUUCAUAGUUGAUGGGUUGUUAACAAUACCAUUGGCAUUUUAUGGAUACUUUUUAUUCCCAGACGUUCCCGAAACAACAAAAGCUCCCUAUUUCACAGAAUAUGAAAAACAGCUUGCAGUAAAACGACUUCCUGCUCUUCCGAAGAAAAAGCCUAUUACCAAGCAAUCAUUAUUAACCAUAUUCCGAUCCUGGCGCAUAUAUGGUUUAUCGAUUCUUUGGCUGUUCAGUGGCGAAACCCAGGCUAUUGCAGUCAACGUGCUAAUGGGACAAUGGAUGAAAGUCUCGGGAGACUUUAGUGUUAGCCAGAUUAACAACUAUCCUACAGUUAUCACUGCGGUUGGUGUUGUCUCUACCAUGGGAGCUAGCAUUCUAUCAGAUAGACUUAGCGGACAUACCCGCUGGCCAUUUGGUUUAUUUCUUUUUUCCGUGACCGUGGUUUCUUCUUCUAUACUGUUAGCGUGGAGCGUUCCUUACGGGCUAAAGUUCUUCGCAUACUUUCUUUCAGGAUGCACGUAUGCUGGACAAGCUGUUUGGUUUUCAUGGGCUAAUGACAUAUGUCGUGAUAAUGACCAAGAAAGAGGUAUUAUCGUUUUCAUUAUGAAUAUGGUACAAAAUAUUUGGCACGUAUGGUGGGCCCCGGUUAUGUAUCCCAAUACAGAUACCCCAAGGUUUAUAAAAGGUUAUAUUGCCUUGAUAGUUGUCGGAGGAUUAACCUUUUUUUGUUCGUGUAUAGUAAGCUUCAUGCAAAAAAGAGACCAACGUAUAAAGCGUACUCAACAAGAUACCAAAGAAGAGCAGAAUUCGACUUUUGCUGAAGUGUCAGAGGACGAUGCAAUAAAAAUAGACAAUAUAAGUUCUGGCAAGGAUAAUGAAUUUAAUAGAAAUGAAGACACUGUCUUGGAAACUCCUAAGAUGGUAUAUACGCGCCAAAGAAUUUUAAAACCAGAUUAUAUCUAGGAUGAAUGAGGAUUUCUUUAUUGUUUACAUUUAUAUAUAUAUUUAUUUAUAUAUUUCAAUCAACAUUAGGAAAUACAAUCUCUAGUAGUCCUGAGUCUAUUAGACCUGCGAAGCACAUACUCAAAUGUCUCUUAUUCUAUCGGUAGGUAAGAACGUUCUCUCUACCUAGUAAAGCUCAAUUGUGCAGUGGUGCAUUUCUAAUAAACAAGUGAACGCUUACGAGUAAAUUGGUAAAAAGG